UCCUUCAGUAAAGCAGCCGCUGGUCCUGUUGGUGGGGAGAAUAAAAGAGGCGAACUGUAACUUACGUCUUGAAGACAGGCAGUUUCCAGAGCGUGUGCGGGGUCCUGGGAGCACAACGAUAGUAAAGCGCGGAGUGACCUAUUAAAUUUGAUUCACGCAAGAGAAAACAAUCGUAACAGUUUACCAGGUUGAGGGGCGGCUGAAGAUAUGGCCAAGGUGCAAGUGUUAAAUGUUGCUGUGUUGGAUAACCCGAGCCCUUUUGGAAACCCUUUCCAGUUUGAAAUAACGUUUGAAUGCAUGGAGGAUUUGCCGGAAGACCUGGAAUGGAAGAUCAUUUAUGUGGGUUCAGCUGAGAGUGAAGAAUACGACCAGGUUCUGGACUCUGUUUUGGUGGGCCCUGUACCAGCUGGCAGACACAUGUUUGUGUUUCAGGCUGAUGCUCCUAACACAGGGCUGAUUCCAGAAAGCGAUGCUGUGGGAGUGACGGUAGUCCUUAUAACCUGCACCUACCGUGGACAGGAGUUCAUCCGCAUUGGUUACUAUGUCAACAAUGAAUACACAGACCCUGAACUGCGGGAAAACCCACCUCUCAAACCAGAUUACUCUCAGCUCCAGAGGAAUAUUUUGGCCUCUAAUCCACGUGUAACCCGUUUCCAUAUCAACUGGGAGGGCUUGGCUGACAAGAUGGAAGACAGUGAGAACGUUGACCCGUCCCCGAACAUCAGUGGCAUGCUCCCUCCAUCCUGUAUACCAGGAAAGAUGCCACAUCUAGGAGUGAUGCCAGAUAACUCCAUGGACUGCAUCUAAGAGUCAUCAGAUAAAUACAGCUCUUCUAUACACACCCACAUUGUAAACACACAUUUAGACAAGGAGGCCAUGGAUGUUUCUGUAUCACAUGUGGACUUUGACAGAAAGCACGGACACCACAGCAGAGACUUUUUUUUUUUUUUUUUUGUUUAAAUAAAGCACUCAAAAAUGGGAUGGGUCUGGAAUUGUUACUAGCUUUGGUUCCUCUUCUUUACACACUUCCUUUCAGCACACACACAGACGUGUACAGUCAGAAUUGCCUUAAUUUAUUGUAUCUCUAUAAGAUUAUUUUCAUGCCAAGCUGAAAGAAGUUCAAGUCAUAAGGGCUGGGCAAGGUCACCAUAUCCUCAACAGCCCUGAGACUUGUGGGAUAUACUCAUGAUUCUAAUAUCUGUGCUCUUCAUUUUGCCCUUUUGUGCGCAGAUCAACGAGUACUGUGUGUCAGGAAGGAUGUAGCACUAGCUGCUUAUAGUAAAGCAUUUCAUUGUUCCUAAGGUUUAUCUCAGCUGACACCGACCUGUGGAAUGAAAUGUUUGGUUUAAAUUAUGAGGCUGUCACAUGAAGUGUCUUUAUUCAUUACCUUAUGCAGAGUACAAUAUGUUUUGCCCCAGGGUUUCCACAUUACCCUGUAAACCUGCUUAUUUUAAUAGGCCCCAGUUCACAUACUGUUACAUAAAAUGCCCAUAUGCACAAAACGUGUAGGUAAUGGCGAAAUGGAUGCUAAAUUACAGUAGAUGUGUCUCUGGAUAUACUGUAAGUAAUGUUUUCCCAGCGCUUAUUUUGUCUUCAAAACAAGAAGACAUUUUAUUUUGUACUUACUAUACAUUCUCUGCCUCAGUAUUUGUAACAGCAGUGAUGGGGGUUAAUAAAGUUUGUUUUGUUGACCUUG